UGGCUAAUCCUUCAUGUUUGCUGUCAAUAUGUAGUCAUGCAUUUCAACCGAUUUGAACAGUCAAGGCAGAAGAUCUACGGUGACGGACAUGGAUACAACAGCUCUGGUCUAUAAGAUCCUCUGUGCCCAUAAUGGGUAUUUUGAGCUGGAAGAAAUGCGUGCCAACUUUAGCACGCCAGAAGAUGACCUGGAUAGUGUUUUAGGGAAUCAGGAUAUGUUUACCAGUGCUGUCUUUGAGGGAAACAAGCGGAUAUUUGCCAAGACGAAGAUGAGAUUAUGCAGAGACAAGGAAUGUAAUGGCUGCAGCAAUUUACAUCUGUGUAUAUUCUACCUUUAUGGAACGUGUCGAUUCAAUGAGGGACAACGGUGCCGCUUCUGUCAUGAGCUGACGUCAGAAUACAACAUCAGAGUCCUGAGAGAGCAUCACCUGGAGAAAUUGGACAAGAGGGAGCUGUGUAUGUUACUACUGCAGAAUGACAACACCCUCUUACCCCCAGUUUGCUACACAUACAACAAAGGUAGUGGAGAGUACGGAUACUGUCCUGACAAGGAGAAAUGCAGAAGACUCCACGUCUGUCAGCGCUACAUUACAGGAACCUGUGCUGCAGAGGUGGACUGUGACAGGUCUCACGACUUCUACGAGCCCCACCCACUCAACACCCUACAGCAGAGGGGAGUACCUAAUGAACUGGUGGCAUCCAUGUUGUACACCUACCGCAACAACCAGGCCAUUCAGUAUGAGGAAGGCUCUAGACCUGUGUGUCAUCCUCCUCCACCACCACCACCACCACCACCCCCACAAACAUAUCUCCCGGCCCACAAUGUUGUCCAAAGAGAGACCCACUACAUCCACUUGCAGCCAAUCAUAGUACACUCACAAGUGACCCCUUCAAUGCUCUGCAAUUUCAAGUUAAAAUCACGUCCCUUUGUCCAGACCAAACCCAAGAGCCAUACUAAGCCAUCAUCAGCUUCACACCAAUCAAAACCCUCUAAACCACCUAAACCAGCUCCACACCAAUCGGAGUCCGCUAAACCGCCUCCACCAGCUUCACACCAAUCAAAACCCUAUAAACCACCUACACCAGCUCCACACCAAUCAAAAUCCUCUCACACGGCUCCACACCAAUCAAAAUCCACGAAACCACCUUCACCAGCUCCACACCAAUCAAAAUCCUCUAAAGUGCCUCCACCAACUCCACAGCAAUCAAAAUCCUCUAAAGCGCCUCCACCAACUCCACAGCAAUCAAAAUCCUCUAAAGUGCCUCCACCAACUCCACAGCAAUCAAAAUCCUCUAAAGCGCCUCCUCCAACUCCACAACAAUCAAAAUCCUCUAAACCGCCUCCACCAACUCCACAACAAUCAAAAUCCUCUAAACCGCCUCCACCAACUCCACAGCAAUCAAAAUCCUCUAAACCGUCUCCACCAACUCCACAGCAAUCAAAAUCCUCUAAACCGCAUCCACCAGCUCCACACAAAUCAAAAUCCUCUCAACCAGCUCCACAUCAACCAAAAACAACCAAAGCUCCUCCAUCAGCCAGGUGAAGAUUAAUUUUUGCGGAAACCAGAAAUCACACAGUACCAGUCAAAAGUUUGGGGACACCUACUCAUUUCAGGGUUUUUCUUUAUUUUUGACCAUUUCCUACAUUGUAGAAUAAUAGUGAAGACAUCAACUAUGAAAUAACACAUAUGGAAUCAUGUACUAACCAAAAAAGUGUUAAGCAAAUCAAAAUCACUUUAUCGGGGUUGACAAAAGAGUUGUCAACCCCGAUAAAAUGUAAUAAUAAUCCACAUUUCCAGUUGCUUCAGGAUUGUUUUCCUGCUGUGAAGAAACUGGUCAAAUUAAGAUCCUACAUCGGUAUCAUACUGACAAGAUAUACAGUAUGUACAUGGGUCAGGAUUUGAACCCUUGGGGGUAGGAGAAAACUGAGACUGUUUGACAGGAGCAUUAUCUCUCUGCGCCACCCCAAAGCUUUGCUUGUUACAAUUUCAUGAUAUCUUGAUAGUUACAUGUGUUUCCUAGACUACAUCAGAAGAGAGCAGCAUUGGCUGGAUUUUAAUUCAUAACAUUUGCGCUUCUAAUAUGUCUUUUAUCAACUUUCUAAUAUAGAAAUGAAGAAAGUGUUUAUUGUGCAAAAUCCUUAUGUUUUGUGACUGACAUGCUGGAUAUCUCAAGGCUAUAGCCUGACAGAAUUUCAAAAGAAACAAAGAGAAAAGUAUUCUUUCUCUACAGUGCAGUGACCAUUCCUCUCUGCCACCAUAGCACUUGAAAUGGAGGUCAUACAUUUGGACACCACAGAAACACUUUUUAUAUACAGUGCAAAUAGUAUAUGAAGUCAAAUGCAUAUCACCUGAUCAGGGGUUGCUGGGCACAAAGGAUCACCUGACGAAGAGGAUUAACGUGCGAGUCCUACUGUACAGACGUAGGAUAUUAAUUUGAGCCAGUUUUCUACAGCAGGAAAAUAAUCCUGCAGCAAUAGGAAAUGUGGAUUAUAAUUAUGGACAUUUUUUAGGGCUUAAUACAUUUUUCGUUUGUGCGAAUCAAGUUUGAAUUUUCAAAUUGGAAAUGUAGAAGUUUAGAAGCAUUUUAUUAACUCAUACGCUAUAAGUUUGGGUGGUUAGAGCAUUGGACUAGAAACCAGAUGGUUGCAAGUUCAAAUCCCUGAGCUGACAAGGUACAAAUCUGUCAUUCUGCCCCUGAACAUGCAGUUAACCCAUUGUUCCUAGGCCUUCACCGAAAAUAAGAAUUUGUUCUUAACUGACUUGCCUAGUUAAAUAAAGGUUUUUUAAAAGUUUGCAUUUCUUGCCAA